UCACAUUCUGCUAUAAUAAUACAUCUGAAUCCAACACUUUCCUUUCCAAAACCUCUUGCAAGGUUCAAAAGCUUUGUUGCUGAUUCACCCAAAACCUCUUUGAAUAUAAAAAUUUGAUUUUUAGGUUUUUCUCUUUUGUUAUCCUUUCUGCUCAAAUGGCCAAAGAUGGACCCAACUGGGAUGGAUUGCUCAAGUGGAGCAUUGCUCACUCCGAUGGAACUCUCCCUACUCGUAAUUUAAGUGAGGAGGAUCGGAGAUGGUUUAUGGAAGCAAUGCAAGCACAGACCGUUGAUGUUGUAAAACGUAUGAAAGAGAUCACACUUGUAAUGCAAACUCCAGAGCAAGUCUUGGAAGACCAAGGAGUCACCCCUGCAGACAUUGAAGAUAUGUUGGAUGAGUUGCAAGAGCAUGUUGAGUCGAUUGAUAUGGCCAAUGAUCUCCACUCAAUUGGUGGGUUGGUUCCUCUUCUUGGUUACCUCAAGAACUCUCAUGCCAAUAUUCGAGCAAAGGCUGCUGAUGUUGUGACCACAAUAGUCCAGAAUAAUCCUCGAAGUCAACAACUUGUUAUGGAAGCAAAUGGCUUCGAACCUCUUGUUUCUAAUUUCAGUUCAGAUCCUGAUGUGAAUGUUCGAACUAAAGCGCUGGGUGCAAUAUCUUCACUAAUUCGGCACAACAAACCAGGCAUCACUGCAUUUCGUCUUGCAAAUGGUUAUGCAGCCUUAAGAGAUGCACUAACCUCUGAAAAUGUUAGAUUUCAAAGGAAAGGUCUCAAUUUGAUCCAUUACCUGUUGCAUGAGAAUAGUUCAGACUGUAACAUUGUGAAUGAGCUAGGAUUUCCUCGUAUAUUGAUGCACCUUGCUUCCAAUGAAGACUCAGAUGUCCGGGAAGCUGCCCUUCGAGGCCUUCUCGAGCUUGCUCGAUAUAAGAAAGAUGAUGGCUCUGCAGAGGAUGAUGAGAAAAUGAAGCAACUUCUUCAAGAACGAAUAAAUAGUAUCAGUUUAAUGUCAGCUGAGGACCUUGGAGCAGCUAAGGAGGAGAGGCAGCUUGUGGACUCCCUUUGGAGUACUCGCUUCAACGAGCCAUCUUCUCUUCGAGAGAAAGGUCUUCUUGUGCUUCCUGGGGAAGAUGCAGCCCCUCCUGAUGUUGCUAGCAAACUUUUUGAGCCUCCUCUUAGAUCUCGGUCUGGGAUUCAAUCUUCCAAGAAGGACUCCAACAAUGAAAAGAAAGAGACCCCUUUGCUUUUAGGGCCAGGGCCUUCUUCUGCAGGCACUAAUGAUCAUGUUAGUUUAAGUAGAGGAGGAGAUGCCAGUUAGCAAACAUAUACUCUUAGAUGAGUCUUUAAUGUUAUCCAUUUUUCUUCAAUUUUGUGGAAUUGUUGCUUUAAAAAAAAGUUAGAUUAAGAGAAGAGACACUUCCUUUCAAGGGCAUAGAAGACCACCAAUCUCAUAGAGGAUUUGGACGGAAGGUUCUAAACAGGUGUGUGCCAACCCUUUGCUUCCUUUUUAUCUUGUCGCGCAAUAGUAAUUUUUCUUUCAUCCAUAGGCGCAUCGUACUAUAUGUAUAGUGAUUUCCCCUUGUCUUCCAUUGUAUUCCUAGGAUGAUCUCUUGAUAUGUGCCACUAUAAUUAGCCUUCCCUGGGUAUUAUAUUGCUUA